AUGCCCCCGCGAGCUGACUGGGAGAAGUACAAGGCGGACCCGACGAAGCAGGAGGAGACCAAGAUCGACCCGCUGGAUGACGAGGACAUCCAGAUCCUGCGAACAUACGGCCAAGGACCGUAUGCGAAGCGAUUGAAGGAUGUGGAUGCAGAGAUCAAGGAGGUGCAGAAGCGGAUCAACGACAAGAUGGGCGUCAAGGAGCUUGCGACGGGCCUCGCGCCGCCGAACCUGUGGGACCUCGCAGCAGACAAGCAACGAAUGGGCGAAGAGCACCCUCUCCAAGUCGCACGCUGCACAAAGAUCAUCCGCCUCCCCGAAGACGCCUCGCCGCCUGCUCUCGCACCGGGACAGAAACCCAACGCCGACGAGCAGGACAAGUACGUCAUCAACGUCAAGCAGAUCGCCAAGUUUGUGGUUGCGCUCGGAGACAGGGUUGCGCCGACGGAUAUCGAGGAGGGCAUGCGCGUUGGCGUCGACCGCCAGGACUACAAGAUCAUGAUUCCGCUCCCGCCCAAAAUCGACGCCUCGGUGACGAUGAUGCAGGUCGAGGAGAAGCCGGACGUGACGUACCAGGACGUCGGUGGGUGCAAGGAGCAGAUCGAGAAGCUGCGCGAGGUGGUCGAAACGCCGUUGUUGACACCCGAACGCUUCGUCGAACUUGGCAUCGAUCCGCCGAAGGGCGUCAUGCUGUACGGCCCUCCGGGGACUGGCAAGACGCUCUGCGCUCGAGCCGUCGCAAACCGUACGGACGCCACGUUCAUCCGUGUCAUCGGCUCUGAACUCGUCCAAAAGUACGUCGGCGAAGGCGCGAGGAUGGUGCGGGAACUCUUCGAGAUGGCACGCUCGAAGAAGGCCUGCAUCAUCUUCUUCGACGAGAUCGACGCCAUCGGCGGAGCAAGGUUCGACGACGGUGCCGGCGGCGACAACGAGGUCCAGCGCACCAUGCUCGAGCUGAUCAACCAGCUCGACGGCUUCGACCCGCGCGGCAACAUCAAGGUCCUCAUGGCGACCAACCGUCCCGACACGCUCGACCCCGCCCUCCUCCGUCCCGGCCGUAUUGACCGUCGCGUCGAGUUUGGACUUCCCGACAACGAAGGCCGCGCGCACAUCCUCCGCAUCCAUGCCCGCUCGAUGGCCGUCGAGCGCAAUAUCCGCUUCGAGUUGGUGGCGCGCUUGUGCCCGAACGCGACUGGCGCCGAGUUGAGGUCGGUGUGCACCGAAGCUGGCAUGUUUGCGAUCCGCCAGCGUCGGAAAAUCGCGACGGAGAAGGACUUCCUCGAUGCGGUCGAGAAGGUCAUCCGCUCGGGGCAGAAAUUCUCGUCGACGUCGUUGUACGCCAACUACCAGUAG